ACAAGACAAGAAGCCCGUCUCUCCCACACACUCUCUCUUGACCUUCAAGUACACCCACACUCAUACACACUCACACAUACACCCUACUCGAUGCUGUACAAGCACACGAUACUUCAACGACAACAAGAUUAACACCUUCUAUCCCAAAGACAACCCUUACUACUUACAUCAGCAUCCUCACCAAGAACAACAAUAUCACAAGUGUUACAAGCAAAGCAACAGAGAGGAAACUCGAUGGUCAGGUAGUAACACGGAAAACAACAACCUACACAAUGGCAACUUCAACAACCGGUGGUGCCGCCGUGCUGGCGCCGACUACACCUUCGACGCCGGCUACCACAAGGAUAACGAGAUCAUCACGAGAGUCGAAUUUCAGUCCGGGUGGUGGUAUGGACAAGGGGACAGGGGUUGUGUCGGGACUCUCUGUGAAUGGAUACCAAGAGCCACGCCGGCGGUGCGACCAAUGCCCUGGGGGCCAGCGGCACACGCUAUGCACCCACCACAACCUGGGGUACAACCAGUCACAGUCUCCGCAGCGCGAGCCCGAGUUUAUCCUGUCCUCGUCGGUUGCAAGUGGAAGUGGAAGUGGAAGCGGCGGAAGCGGAAACGGAAGCCUCAGCGCCGCGCUAUUAACAGGGACCUCAGCGGUACACAGCCAUCUCCAACGACCCCGCAGGAUCUCGAAGCUCAAGCACCGCUCCCUGACUGCCACCCUGGUGAACCUUAAGAAUGCCGGCUCCCUCAGCAACAAUAACAUUGGCCGCCCCCGAAGCAGCGGUUCUCCGGCUGUCACCCAAGCCACCCAAGAACACAACGCCAGCAACUCCCCUGCCGGCGACGACAUGGAGCCGCCCGUGCUCUCCUUUUACGGCACCGAGCCCGUCCCCCUUCCCAGUCGCUUUGCCCAGAUCAAGCGCACUCUCGUGGCCGGCCACGAAAAGGAGCUUGAGGCUUCGUGGGCCCGUCUGAUAGCUGCACUGCGCGACGAGGUUAAGAACAUUGCACAGCGCGGUUCGUCAAUCACUCCCAGCAUCGACUUUGCCGAGAUUUCGACCCCCUCCAAAAAGGCAGACUUCGCCCGCGACCUCAAGCGCUACGGUCUUGGCGUCAUCCGCGGCGUCGUACCCCAUGCCGAUGCGCAAAAGGCCAUAGACGAGACUGUCAAGUACCUCGAAACCAAGCACGACUUCAAAGAUCCCAUUCCCCAAGAUCCAACAUGCUUCGACUUCUUCUGGACGCCUGCCCAAGUGCGCACGCGCGCGCACCCCAAGGUGCUGCAAGCACAGCGCUUUGCCAUGUCGCUUUGGGACAAUGAUGCCGACGAUCGCAUGGUCACCCGCUUCCCCAUUGCCUACGCCGAUCGUCUGCGCAUUCACGGCGCCAACAUCGGCGGAGUGGGCCCCGAUGCCGCCGAGAAGAAGGCCAGCGAGAACCCUGCCGCCGCAGAGGCCCAGAAGGCUGCAAUGGAGCUCCUUGGCGACUUCGCAUCCUCUACCGUCAUCGCCCAGGUCGACAACGGCAGUCUUGAGCGGUGGGAGUCGGACGGGUACGGCCGCGGAGGCACCUACGAUGCCGUCUUCAAGGGGGAGUGGGAGAAGUACGACCCGUGGGAUCCCACCUACCGCGUCACCGCGACCCCGGAUCUCUACAACGGCUACGGUGCCUGCAGCAUCUUCCGCAUGUACCAGGGCAUCGUGGCUCUCAGCACCAUCGACCCGGGCAUGGUACGGCUGCUGCCCAGCCCCAAGCUAGCCACCGCCUACUUCCUUCUCCGUCCCUUCUUCUCGCCCAAGAACCCGCCGCCCGAGCGGCGCGAAGGUCCCGAGUGGGAGGCCUUCCUCGACGCAUCCAACUGGUCCCUGGACGCCGAGCAAAGCACCAUAAUCCACGGCGCCGUCCCCGGCCACGCCCAGCGUCUCACCGAGCUCUGGCACCCGCACCUGCACCUCCGGCGCACGCUCACCACGCUUCCCACCCUGCAAACAGGUGAUUACAUCGUCUGGCACCCGGACCUGGCAUACCACAUCACCUCCAACCCCCACACCAUGGCGAGCCGCGCACCCACACCACCACCUCGGACAGAAGAAGAUGACGAUGACGAAACACCCGUCGGCUCCAAACCAGUCUCAAUUCUCGUCUACGUCCCCGCCGCGCCGCUCACGCAGACCAACGCGCUGUACUUGGCCCGCCAGCGCAAGACCUUCCAGCGCGGACACCCCGGUCCUGACUUCGAUUCUACGGGAAGCGGUCUAGGCAGCGAGGCGUCGCACUCUGGAAGGCCGGGCGAGACGGAGAUUGCCGAGGUCGGCGGCCCCGCGGGGCUGCAGGCCAUGGGUCUGGCGCCCUUUGAUAUUGCGCCCACGCCGACGAGCAAUUCUAGCAAUGAUGGCGAAGAGGAGGUGGAUGAUGAUAUGGAUGUUGAGAUGGAGGGUGCGACUAGCGGGAGCACCAAUGAGGCCGCCAAGCCCAGCUCGGCGGAGACCAUCAGCGGCGUGUCUAACACACCCGUCAGCCGGGCUGAGGCUGAGGUCGCUAGGAUGGCGAAUAUCAUUUUGUUCCCGGAUCGUUAUGACUUUUAUAUGGGCACUAGACGAAGCUCGGCGACGAAGAGGAAGAGGUCGUCGGAUGUUAAAGAUGAGGAGAAGGAGAAGGGGAAGAGGAAAGAGAAGUCACCACCAUCCGUGACCAUUGCGAACAAGGAGGUCACGGUGCCGGUACAGGUGAAGCAGGAGCAGGAGAAGCGGCCGGAUGUGGAUAUGGAGAGGACAACGUCAAGUGAGCAGGUUCAGGGCCAGGGGAAAGAGAAGGAGAAAGAGAGGAAAGGAAGCGCUUGAUCUGAUGCUGGAGGACGAGCGAGAUAGGUUUGGAUUGGGGGUGUCUUGGUUCCUUUUUUUUUUGGUUAUUUUAUCGGAUGGUUUCAACUUUUUUGUACAUGGGAGCCAGCCAGCGGAUGGAAAGUGCGUGCAUGGAGCCGCGGAGCGAUAGACGCGACUCAUA